ACUUGCUAGGCGUCUCAGGGAGAGAUCGCUUAAUAACAUCGUCUUAAAAGUAAUAUUUUUCUGAGUCUGAAAAAUAACUACUGUUUAUAUAAUAAAAGUCUUUUGAAGACUUAGUGCUUGUCAUGCAACGUAUUUUUGUAAUAUUACUGGGCUUGGCCAGCCUGGUGGCUGGUGGUGUUAUACUGGAUCGAGGUAGAGUGGGUCUUACUGGUCAAGUCGGUUUGGGUUUGCAAACUAUGCAGGGUAUACAAGGAGGUGUUGGUGGUAUGGGAAUUGGUAUUGGUUCUGGCACUGGUCAAACCUUGUCGAGAGAUGAAUUAUUGCGUCAGAAAUUCAUUUUGGAUGUUUUACAUUUGGUUUAUCAGCCUUUGCAGCAGCAGGAGUUAUUGCAGUUAGAUGAUGCUAAUACCGUGGCCAAUGAGGAUCUUUAUAUGCGUCCUUUAACCCGUGAAAUGCUUAUGGUUUUGGAUAUGAUACGCAACAAUCAAAUGCUGGGCAAGCAAACCAUUUGUCGGAUCGCAAAUGAUUCACAUAUGCAGCAAAUGUUGGGUCUCUAUAGACUUUUGGUAAAUGCCCGUGAUUUCCAGACUUUCCAACGUUUGGUAGUCUAUGCCCGCCAAAACGUUAAUACCGAAAUGUUUGUCAAUUCCUUGAUUUUGGCUUUGGGAGAACGCAACGAUACCCAGAUGUUGAUUGUGCCUGCUUUGUAUGAAGUUUUGGCUGAAAUUUACCAACAAGAUCAGGUUAUUAAUCAAGUUAUUGAUCAAGUACAUCAAAUGGAAUCGGGAUCUUCUUCAGUUAGACCUCAAUUGAUGGAUGUUAUUGGUAUGGGCCAUCAAAAUCGUUUCUUGGCCGAUCAGCAACAGCAACAGGGUGGUCUCUUGGGUGUCUUGAAUCGAUCUCAAUUGUGGAUGCCAUGGCGUGAAUUCCAUCGUCAAUUAGCUUGGCGCAAAAUGAUGCUUGGCGGUAGAGGUCCCGGUAUGAUGGGUAGUAAUGUAGUGCAACAACAGGGUCAAAUUCAACAGGAUAAAUUGGAAAUUCCUCUAGCUGGUAGUGGCUUAUUGAGCCAGGAUAUAGGUCUUAAAGCUUAUGUGAAUAUCCUUAUCGAUGAACUGAUAGUAAAUCAAGAUAAUGUAAGAAACUCCCAACACCAGCAACCUAUUGGAAUAGGUGGCAAUUUGCAAGGACAAAGAGGACAAAUAAAUCGUGCUGGAUAUAAUGAUAAUAUGCAUAGUAGUGCAGGCAUUUCAGGCGGAAGAGGACAAUCUCAUAGCUUCGGUGGAUUUGGAAACUAUCAACAAGGCGGUGAUAAUGUUAUGGGAGGAUUUGGAAAACAUGGUGGCGAUAAUGAUGACAAUGAUUACCAACAAAGAGGUUUUCUCAGUGGCAGACGCGAAAAUACUUUAGGAGGAGGUCGAACAAAUACUUUAGGUGGUUUGGGAAGAAAUCGAGGUGAUAACGAUUACUACCAACAAGGUGGUAUUCAAAGUGGCAGACAUGGUAAUACUUUGGAAGGAGGUGUCAAUACUGAUCGUCUCUUAUUUGUAGGCCGUCGUCAGCGUGGUAAUGAUGUGGAUGUAAACGAUGAUCUUAAUCGCAAUAAUAUGGGAAGACGUAGAAUUGACCUCGAUACGGAUGAACUUCAAGGUAAUGGCGGCAGAAGACUUGGUGGUUUGGAUAUUGACUAUGAACAUGCUAUGGAUAGAAAUCGUGUUAUGGCGGGAGGAAGACGUCAAACACAAACUCAAAACAAAAAUAUUUAUGAUAACGACGACUUGCAAAUGGGAGGCGGAAGAAGAUAUUUCGGAAACAUGCAACGCAAUCAAGGACAAAACGCAGGCAGCAAUUUGCAGGAAAGAGAAAAUGGCAUUAACACUGUCAGUGCCAAUGAUGCUCGUCUAUUGUUUGUAGGCAGACGUCGUAAAGAUCCCAAUAAUGUACAAACUAUCAGUGGGGGUAAUAUUCAUGACGAUGAUGAUGACGAUAGAAUCUCUGGAGGACGUCGUGUUUCCAAGGAAGACAAAAAUGAAGAACGCCAAAACAAGAACAAAUACCAUUAUAAAGAUGAUGACGAAGACUCCCAAUACGAUAGGAGACGAGAGAACAGCGAACGUUAUAUUAAUGUCAAUAGAAGAGGUAUGUUCUUGGGCCAAAACCCAAAUGAUGAUUACAAUGAUUUGCCCUGGAAUAGGCAACAAGGUCGGUAUGGCUUGAAUGUUAACGGUCGUAAUAAUUGGCGUCAACAGCAAAUUAUUGAUGAUGAUGUCUAUGGCAAUUUGUACGGUAAACAAGGUCAAGGUUUAGGCAUGGGUGUGGGUCGUGGUCGUAGUGAUUUUCUUAAUAUUGUCAAUCGUGGUCAAAGACAACCAUUUGAUAAUGAACAGGAUUUAAUGUGGAAUCAAGGCGGUAGCUUAGAUAUGCAUUUACCCACCACCAGCAUUGAUGAUGAACGUUUAUUACAUGUUAAUCGCCAUAAACUUAGCCAAGUCGAAGAGGGACGUCGUGUUAGCAACGCACAACAAGAUCUAGAUGAUGAUGAUGAAGAAUAUAUGUACCAAACAUAUGGACAAGGACGCAACAGCCAGGGAAAUGUACGUGGUCAACAGCAAACAAAUUAUCAGCCCAACAGCUAUGAUGUGAACAGUCGUGGUAACCAGGGCAGCAAUAGCAAUCGUGGACAAAAUCGUGAAACCACUGGACGCCGCUACAGGCGCAGUCUUAUCAAUCAACAGCAAAAUAUGGACAAUGCUGAGGCGGUUAGUGGAAAGCUAUUGUUGUAUACCAUACAACAAUUAGUAGCACGUCUCAAUGUAGAACGUAUCGCCUUGGGACAACCACAAUUGGUAGAUGAUUCUCAAAGUAACAUGGGACAACAAGGUCUCCUUAACCACAAUAUGGGAGGACACUUAAACAUUGGCUCCAACGAUAUGCGUGGUGUUGAUGUACAUACCGUGCAAAAAAUUCAAGAAAUUCUCCAGCGUAUUGAUCAAGUUUUGGAACAAAGAAUUGGUGACAUCUCCGUCAUGAGCUAUAAUCAAAAAGUCAAUGAAAUUGGUCUCUUGCUAGCAGGUCAAAUUGAAGAAAUUGGUUUGGUACAACUCUUGGGCGAGAUUCUGCAACAAGGCAGCGUACAGCAACAACACCGUAAAGGACAAGUAGCUAAUAUUUUGGAAAAUCAAGCAGCUCAAACCCUCUUAGCCGGCAUAGUGAAAGUCAUCGACAACAAGGUACAACAGGUGUAUAGAACCCGUAAGGAGUUUAUUAAUACUUUAGAAGGUGUUACCAUUCAUGAUGUAGAUGUUGAUCAAUUGCAAACCUAUUUGGAAUAUGCUGAAGUUGAUCUAAGCAAUUUGCUUAAGAACAAUAUGGAUCAAACGAAAGAAGUUGUAGGUCGCGUGCCUCGUCUUAACCACAAAAACUUUAAAAUUGAAGUAGAUGUUACUUCCGAUCGCCAACAGCAGGUGGUGGUGCGCAAUUUAUUGGUGCCCAAAGUAGAUGGUUUAGGAAACAAAAUUCCCCUACAAGAAAGACGUCAAAAUGUCAUUGUCUUAGACAUAACUACUGCUCAAUUAAAUCCCGGCCACAAUGUCUUGAAACUUCGUUCGAAUGAUGUAACCUUGACUGCCCGUGAUACUACACCUCUUACCCAGAUUUACCAACAUGUUAUGCAAGCCUUAAAUGAUAACAUCCAGUUGCCACGCAAUCUUUUGGUGGGUCAAACCAAUCGGUUGCCUCAUCGUUUGUUAUUGCCACGUGGUCGUACUAAUGGUUUACCCAUGCAAUUGAUUACUGUCAUCACUCGUGUUCAACAACAAUCUGCUGGACUCCGUAAUCAAGGUUCUUCUUCUGCUUUAGAUAUUUUACUACUCGAUCAUUUGCCUUUGAAUUAUCCUCUGCACUGUGAUAUCACCGAUCUUGAUGGUGUAGUAAACAUGCCUAAUCUUAUGGUCAAGGAUGUUAAAAUCUAUCAUGAUGAUAAUAUUCAAACGCAUAUCUACUAAAAGAAUAACUGAAUGAAUGAUAACGAUUGUAAAUGAAAGCCGAUUGUAACGAUGAUAUGACUAAUGUGACUGUAAUUUUGGAUUAUGAUUAAUUUUCUAUAAUAUAUAAUUUCUUUAAUUUUAAGAAAAAUUUCUUUUUGCAAUAAAUGCUAUAAAAAAGCAUAAA